AUGCUUGGUUCAGGGUUUAGCAAGCAGAAACUUAAGGUGAAUUUAAAGCUGGCCAUUAACCGACUCAAACUUCUGGAAAAGAAAAAGAGUGAGUUUGUAUCCUUGGCGUUUUCCUUGACAUUUCGCAAGUUCAUACUCUCUUUGCAAUUAUUAAGUUUUUUCCAGUGUUUUUGGAGAUGCUUUUAUCCCAUCGCAAUCUAAUUUAAAAUGACUCUAUGCAAUGGAAGAGAAUCUAACUGAACAAUAUUCUAGACCUCGUACAUACAUAAUAGAACGCAUUGAGGUCCAGAGUAAUUUUUCUGUGUUCUCUUACAGCGGAAUUGGCACUGAAAGCAAGGAAAGAAAUCGCUGAUUAUAUAAACAAUGGAAAAGAGGAAAGAGCGAGAAUUAGAGUGAGUAAACUUAACACAUUGCCACACAAAUGAAUUCAAUUUCUCUGAGAAUGUUUAAUUUAUUUAAUUUUCCAAUGACAUAAGAUUUUGGAUCAAGAGUUCCAUCCACAUUCUUGGUUUUGUUAGAGCGUUCAUAAGUGAAUAUAUAAUCUUCACUUGGUAAAAUUUCCGUAUAGCCCCAUCCGACAUUAUGCAUUCAGUUCUUGGAUAGAGAAAACAAUAGCAAAAAAAAUACAUUGCCAUUGGGAAAACAGAUUUGUUCUACAAUAGUAUGGGACUAUGCUGAAACCUAACCUCUGUACUUUUGCUAAUGUCAUCAAAUCGGCUAAUGACUGUCAUUUGAUGUAUCAAAUGUACUGUGCAGUGGAGAAGAAUUUAUAUCUUCUUAAUUUCACUUAACAGUAACCAGUUAGCUAUUGAACAGUAGAAAUUUCUUUAGAUUUAUUGUGCUAGUCUUAUUCUCAUGGCAAAUCAAAAUCAAUGGGCCUUUCUCUUUGAAGACCAUCAUUGUCAAUUGGGAUAUACACUGUCUAGAGAUAUUCUUUUUGAAAUGUUGACAAAAUAACCACCAUUAGAUCCUGAUUGAUCCUGAAAAACAUAUUUAUUGGCAGACAUCCUAUACCGCAGUUCAGAUUGACCAAAGUAAUAUCCUUUAGGCAUUACUAGAAUACUUAAACAGAAGUGGACAUUAUUUAAAGUUUUAAUUUAAAAUCUUUUAAAUCUGAAUUUGCUAAUAACAUGGUACUGAACCACUGUUACCCAUCCUGUAACCCUUUCAUACCCAAGUUCUUAUUAGUAAUUCUCCUUACUGUCUGACGUACAAUUCCUCCAAUGCUAGGUGUAAGAAUUUGGUAUUGGAUCAACUAAUAAUCCCUCAAUUGAUAUUUGUCUUUUUUCUUCUCACUUGUCUGCUUAAUAUUCUAUUGAUUUUGUUAAGAGAAAUUCUGUCUUGGUCAUUCAUGGGAGUUAUAGGGUUAAGAUCCUAAAGUAAUUCUCUUGACCUUGGAUGUAAUUAUUAAAAAUACUGCAAAGAUCUCAAGAAACAUGUAGGGUAAAAUUAUAAAAAAAUGUUCCAAGAUCAACAAUGUUUUGUACAUGUUUGUUGAACCACUAACUAGACAUGCAAAUGCAUACACAAUAAGUGUUCAUAUAACAAUGGCUUCCCUCGUGAGUAAAGGAGCAAACCUCUGACAAACCUCAGACUCAGAAAUUAUUUGUCAAGACAAACUUCAUGUGGACUUCAUUUGAACUUCGUAACCUUGAACCUUUCUUUACUGAACUAAAAAACUUACCAUCUCUCUUAAUUUAUUUUACAAACGUGAUGCUAUUGACAUUGCUGAUCCUAGAAGUGUGCAGGACCAGUGUUAUAUGAACUUUGUAAUAGACCUCACUCACCGUAGAGUCUCUGUGGCUCGGUGGUAGAGCAUCGGAGUGCGUUAUCCAAAGGUCUGAGGUUCAUUUCUUCGUGGGGACUCAGAAUGUUUACUUUGUCCUACGCUCAUGACAAGAUGAAAAACAUCUUUUUUAUUUCUUUACCGAGCUCAAAAACUGAUCAUCUCUCUUAUUCUAUUUUACAAACUGGAUGUGUCUGUAAAAAAUUCAUUUGAUGGUAUUCAUGGCUGUAUGUUUCCAAGGUGGAGCAUAUUAUCCGAGAAGACUAUUUAGUUGAAGCAAUGGAGAUGUUAGAAUUGUUCUGUGAUCUUCUGUUGGCCAGAUUUGGUUUAAUUGAGACCCAACAGUGAGUACAAAAUGCUUGUUAUUACACGCACUAAAAGAGCUAGUAAUGAAGAGUUUAGGUUACAAAUUAAAGCUUAUUUUGAUACGAUAACAUACUGUGAACAGUUGCAAGUUCAAAACCCUGAAUAACUAACAACCCUGAAUGUGCAUAACACUAUUAGAUCAUUUAUGGGGUGUUCAUGGUAAUAAGUUCAUGUGCAGGUGUGUUUAUUCACAGCCUCUUUAUAACCCAGUAAUUUAUGCCUGCAUUAAGUUCCAAAAGUAUUUUGUCACAGAUAUGAUUGAGUAUUUGUCACCAAGGAUUUCAGUCGAAGCUGAAUACCCACACACUAUUGUGGUCACUUGUGAGACCUCCUUACCACUCCCUCUGUUUAGGUACACACCAAUUAAGGCUUGAAUGCUUAUGUACCAUUUCUUUAGUUAUCAUUACCCAAAAUGAAUUAUGAAGUUUAAUUUAAUACUUUUUCUUUGAUUGAUAAUGUUAGAUUCUGUGAUGAAGGAAUGGUCGAGGCAGUCACAACCUUAAUCUGGGCAGCACCACGGCUUCAGUCAGAUGUUCAGGAGUUACGAGUGGUAAGCCCCGUGAUGUCACAUGAAUGAUCUAACAUUAGGGAUCACAAAUUAUUUUCUUGUAUGGUACUAUAUAACACUGAUGCAAACCUGUAAAUCUAAAAUCUUAAGAUAUUUGAAUUUGGAUAACAUGUCUGCCCUUUCUCUCCUAAUUGCCCACUUUUGUCCAGAAAUGCAUGCAGUCACGAAAAUAAUAGAUUUGAGGAAAUUUUGUCAAAGUGAAUGAAUUUCCAUGAGUUUGAAGAUUUUGGUGAAUUUUCACCAUUUUCACCAUUUUUAUUUAUUGCAGUGACUGUUUUGCCUCAAUUUCUCGAAGACUCACAUUAAAAUUCAAUAUCACUGAGAUGGAUGCACAACAUUUAAAAAGAAAAUAAAAUAAAAUUACUGUAUUAUUAAUAAUUAUUACUAACAAUAAUGAUGAUGACUGAAGAAAGAGUUACAGUGGUAGUGAAGGACAACAUUUUGUAUUCUUGGAUAAAAUUAAUUUAUAAAUUAAUUGUUUGCAUCAUUUGCCAAUUAUCAUUCAAUUGAUUUAAUUUAUUAAUUUUUGUCAUUUCAUGCAGAUCUCUGACCAGCUAGGACUGAAAUAUGGCAAAAAGUUUGGACAUGAAGCCGCGAUCAAUGCCAAUAGUACAGUGAAUCAAAGAGUGAGUGUUAACUUGACUGUAAUUUGACAUUAUUCCUGAUAGCUUUUACACUCUAAGUUUAUUUAUACUGGAUUUUAACUAAUUUCCUUUCAAAAUGGUAACUGGACAUUUCGCACAAAAGACUUUUCGCACAAGUCUUUUAGCACAAGUUUUGGACUGUUCGCACAAUUCUUAGUGGUCAUUUCGCACAAUAAUCAUAAGUGAGAAACAUCAAUAUAAUAGGUAUACUGAUUGAUACUGAUAAGACAUUUCACCCUCACAAGAUCCAAUGGCGAGAACGUAGACAUUUAUGUAAUAACUUCAACUAGAUCAAAAUGCUUGUGAACACGAUCACUAUUCUUACUUGAAGAAAGGAAAGGUACAAAUCUCUCUCUCCAUGAAAAUGUAAAGAACUCCCUAUUCAAAUGACUACCUCUAUAAAUUUUCCUUUGCUGCACGAAAAACCUUUUAGUGUUUACAGUAUCAUCCACUACAAAGUUAACAUGCAAACAUCAUGACCCACGCUAAGGACACCAUGUUGAUUUCGAAAGUAAUUGUCACCAGUCUUCCCUCCUUGUAAAGGUUGCCUUCAAAUAGCAUGUUUUAUCGAUCUGUAAGAGUUUCAAAUAAAGCUAUUGAAAACUUGCUUCUUAUAUCUUCGUUAUAUAAUGAAAAUUAGGCAUACUGGUAAUACGUACAGCAAAAACAGUUGAACGUUAAUAACUCAAUAUUCAGAGAGUGAUUCACAUCGAAUGUCGGCAUGUGCAGGUGUCGUGAUUUGACAACUUGAAUGUGUCAGUGUAGGUAGUAACUAGAAAGACAAGCUCGAUCUGUAAUCAUUUUAAAGAUCGUAAAGUUUAAUACAUCUACCAAGUAGUAACCUUUCAAAUUAUUCAAAUAACAAUUACCUGAGUGAUGGAGAGUUCAGUAUCGAUCGAUAAGCGUCAUAUUAUAUAUUUACACAGAAAUUUUGUAAAUAGGUCUUUUCUCCUUUCAAAUACAAAGUGAAAAAGUUUGCAGGUUUUUUACUUUGACUUCAGAGGAGGGAGGAUUGGUGACAAUUACUUUCGAAAUCAACAUGGUGUCCUUAGCGUUGGUUCAUCGUGUUUGUAUGUUUGUAGUGGAUGAUGUACUGUCAAAACUAAAAGGUUUUUCGUUUAACAAAGGAAAAGUAAAAGAAGUAAUCGUUUGAAUAGGGAGUUCUUUACAUUUUCAUAGAGAGAAAGAUUUGUUCCUUUCUUCAAGUAAGAAUAGUGAUCGUGUUCACAAGCGUUUCGAUUUAGUUGAAGUUAUUAUGUAAAUAAAUGUCUACGUUCUCACCGUUGGACCUUAUUGAAGGUGACAUGUGAAGGUGAAAUGUUUUAUCAGUAUCAAUUAGUAUACCUUUUAUAUUGAUGUUUCUCACUUAUAAUUAUUGUGCAAAAUGACCACUAAGAAUUGUGCGAACGGUCCAAAACUUGAGCUACAAGACUUGUGCGAAAAGUCUUUUGUGCAAAAUGUCCUGUAUUGCUUAAACCAUAUUAAAUAAAAGAUAAACAUGAAAAAUCGCUCACUAAAUUAUAGAGUGGCUUUAAACUAUGACAGAUUGUUAUCCAGAUAAAAAAGAAAGAUAUUUACUAGACACAGUACACUAGCUGAAAACUACAGAUACCUAUUGAUUCCAGGAACGGUGUGGAGUGGAUGUCUGUUCAGUGUGUAAUGUCAUCAUGUGGUUGUGCACACCUUGCUGUUUUUGGAAUGAGAUUAAGUCCAAUGUAUUAUCAGUUCUGGUAUCAGUGUACAUUGUUCAACCCUAUUUAUGUGAUAUCAAUCUUUUAACUGCACUAAUCAUUCAAGUAAUGCAUGGUAUGGGCACAGCAUUUGUUUUAAUUGGUUAUUAUCAUGAAGUAACACUUCAACUGAUAAUAUCAGUCAUGAAGUUUUUGGAAUGGUGUUCCUGCUCUAGGUUGAGAUAACUGAAGUCUGAAGUCUGUAGCUGUCUAAAAUCUGCAAAUAAACAACAAGUUUCACUGGACACAGGUGUUCCAUAUAACUAUAUAGUUCUACCAUCAUAAAAGGUUUUAAAUCUAAAACAUUUUUCUCUGAACUUUCUUUUAUCUGUAGCUCAUCCUGAAACUUGAUCCUAGACCACCACCAAAGACACUAGUGGAAAAUUAUUUGAUAGAGAUUGCUCGCAGUCAUGGUGUACAGUUUGAACCUGAUCCAUCAAUGAUAGGAGUAAGUAGAUACUUGCAAUAGCUCCAAUGUGAUGAAUUCCUGUUAAACAAGGAAAAGGUUAAGUAUGGACUGGAGCCAAGUGGCUCAUUCAGCAGGAGCUUUUUUCUGUUAAUUCAGCAUUAUGCCAUUUGCAUUAUGCUAUGCCCCCUAGGAUGGGAUACCACACCAUGCAAGUAGCCGUGCCACUAGCCAUGCAAUUAGCUUAUGCCACUAGCCAUGUAGUUAGCUUAUGCUAGUAGCCAUGCAAUUAGUUACACAACUAGCUAAAUUGAAUGCCCCAAUCCAUGCUACUAACAUCAUACCACUCACCCUGGAUGGGAGUCCAUACCUGGGCUAGUGAAUCAUGAUUGAGUGAUUGUGGCACAAGUUAAACAUCACAUUAAUAAUUAUUGAAAUCUUUUUCAAUAGGAAGCUCAGAUACCUCCUGAUGACGACGUCAAGCCAAGGCCACCUAGUGGAGGAGGUUCUAGCGGUGGAGGAGGUCACAUUGGAUUUGAGGGCUAUGGAGCAGGCUUUAAUGGGCCUAGUAUUCCACCCAUGACAGGAGGUAACAUGGGAUAUGCAGCAUACCCUCCACCAACACAUGUAAGUCAUUGUUACACCAUAACUGCGUACAUGUAAAUUUAGCUUACAUGUAGCGGCCUGAUAUACAAGUCACUAAAAACACAGACAGAGGAAGACUAGUCACUCUUAAUUUUGGUAUUGGGUUAUAAAAAGUUGUUGAAAAUGAGAGAACCCCUGAGGGUUGCAAGUGCAGCCUUUUUUCAUUUUUGUUUCUGUGCUAUGCAAUUCUGCAACACAUAAAAGACACUUAGUGCAAUAUUACAUGGUGUACUGUAGCCCUUUCACCCCCAUGAUCUCAUUCUCCAUACUGUCAUACAACUCUUAUGAUCAUGUUAGUUCAGAGAAUUUGGUAUUGGAUCAACUUAUUUCAUUUCAUCACUUAUCUGCUUGAUGUUGUCUUGAUAUGGUAAUGAGAAAUUCUGUCUUGGAAUGAAAGGGUUAAUAUUGCCCAUAGCACUUGUUUUUAGAGGACGAAACUUUGUUGGGGCCUCCAGUCUAAAUAUGGUUGUUAUGAUUGAUAUUGAUGGUAAGCACUUUUGGAGGUUUUCACCAUAAGAUGGGUAACAUCUUAAGGCAUAGUACUCAGUCAUGCAACUGAGGAAAGAUAGGCACUCAAAAUAUCACAACAUUUACAAAAUAAUUUGAUACAAUUUGUUAAAUUUUAAAAUGAUAAUAUUAACAUGGCUGCAUCCUUUUUACUCCACAGGGAAAUGUCCCACCCUACCCCUCUGGUCCGCCAGAUGUACCACCCAGUUAUCCCUCAGAAAAAAAGCUACCCCCCUACCCUGGGGGCCCUUUUAACAACCACAAUGCUGCACCCUCUCCACCAGGUAUGACUAUUGACAAUGUUGGUUUCUUGUAAUGUUUAGUUAGAUGACCUUCUAAAACUUGGCAUUUCUCUUCAGUUUUGCAAUUAGUAUAAAUCACAUUACACUUGUGUACUUAGUUGCCAAGCCUUUAAUUUGGAGUGAGGCACAAGGUGACCUAAUGUUGUGACAAAGACCAGUAUCUAGUUACCAUGAUAACAAAGUAAUUUACUUUUGAGAAAGAGCAACAUUUGUAUUGUAACAGAGUCCUAUUUGCCUUGCUCUUGUUCAAAGACUCGGCGACUAAGCACACGAUUAUUAUUUUGGCUAUUCUGACUUGCCCCUGAUUUUGUAGGGGUACAUUGUAUGCCCUUGCCUCUAGAACUCUUGUAAUUGUUCAACAUGCUGCUUUUUUUCAUAAUAUCAGGAGCAAUUGCCACACAAGGAAAUGAUAACAGAAGGGCAAAAUUAUUUGCUAGAGGGUGUUUUCUUUGACACAAAAUUCUCUUAAUCUCUUACAUCCAAUGUCAGUGUUCAUUUCUCCAUAAUGUUCUCUAUACAAUUCCUUUGGUACUGACAAAAGGAAUUUGUUUAACAGUCAAGAGCUCCUUUAGUGAAUGAUCAUUUCUUUUUUUAUUCUCAUGACCUCAAUGUUUGAUUCAGCACUCACACAUGGCCUCUUUUUUCAGCUCCUCAUCAGCCUCCUGCUCCCAGUGCACCACGCCCUUCAUCAGGCCCCAGUUUCCCAGACCUUCCUGCAGUACCUACAGAUUUACCAAACUUGCCUGACAGUAUUCCAGGGGGGAACAGUGCUGGUGGUGAAGAUGUAGACUUUGAUGAUCUUACUAGGAGAUUCGAAGAUCUUAAGAAGAAGAAGUAGACUUUGCAAAAAAUUUCUGUUCAUGAAUAUUGUGAAAUGUAAUCAAGCUCAUGCUGUCUUUAAAUACAAUUUUGUAGUCACUGGUAAAUCUGCCGUUUGUAUCAGUAAUUUUAUGCCACUCUCUCAGGAUGGGUGUUGGAGCAAUUUUCACUUGGUGUACAAAAUUCUUUUCCAACCAUUUGAUUGGUCUACAAAAUUUAUAUCAUCCACUCAACCAAUCAGAUGUAAAAUGACUAUAUAUGUAAAACCAAUCAGGGCUUAGUUAAUCCUGUAGCCAAGGUUUUUGAGUUGUGUUGAAUUCUAGGUCCAAUGUUAUUAUAUUUGCCUUUAUCCGAUUACCUUUUGUGGUUUUUUUGUUGAGACAUCACAUUAAUGAAUCAAAGAGCACUCCUUUCUGGCCCCCAUCCAUGUUGUUGUACAUUUGGCUCUGGUUUUUCAAAGGUCAGGUAAUGCUAUUUACUGGAUAAAUUUCCAUCCACUGGAUAAUGCUGUAUGUUUUGCUAUCUCUUAUCUGCUGGAUGGCAAUUUUUCUGUUGGAUAGUGUUAUCUGCCCUUUUUACAACUGGGCUCUGUUCAGUAAUAUAUCACAGAUGAGGUCAAAAUGUGGUGAAAACUAAACAAAUGGCGCAUGAGGCCCGGUCAAGUGUGUCACUGAAGUACUUACCACAUAUUGAAGUCUUCUGUGAUCUAUUCUUAUACAGACUAACAGCGACAUGGAAUUUAUUUGUUUUUUAUGAUGACAAAGCAAAAGUUUGUUAAUGGCGAGGCCAUCCAUGCAUCUGUUCUCCAAUAAAUCAUGAACCAUGAGCAAGAACCAAUCAAAAUACUUGCAUAAUUCAGCUUAUUAUAUAAUUUCAAAUAAUGCACAGAGUAUGUAUCUUUUCAGGGAGGUAUGUCACACUGAAUUUCACAGAUUACCAGAUGUGAUUAAGAAUAUAA